GGAGGAAGAAGAAGAAGAAAAGGUCAGCCUAAAUUCAAUAUUAGUUAGAAAGAGAGAAGGCGAUAAUCAAAUGCAGAAGCUGCGAAAUUGGAGGAGCAGCUUAAAGGGGGAGCUGCUGAAGAGAAAUUAGGAUACUGGGUAACUCCUUAGACAAAUAAACCAUGGACCAGCAGUCUCUCAUCAACUAUUCAAGUUUGUGUAAAGUUCACAUUAGAAAGUUGGAGAAUGCAGACACAGUGAGUGGCAUGAGUAUCUAUGGUGUUGUAGAUGGUGAUACAGUAAUACGUUUAUCAGAUACAUAGCAGUACAUGGGCGUGACUGUCGAACCAAUAAUUUGGAUUUAGUUUAUCUCAUUGAAUUGAACGGUAACACUGUUAGGAAGUAGUCAGAAGAAUAAAUUUUUUUAAAAUGGGAUUUCCUCAAGUUUCAUCUAGCAAAAUUGCUGAUGAAGUUGUCAUGCCAUUGAGCACAUUUGUUCAGACUCCAUCUCGAUAUCUGAAUUUGAGUGGCUGUGAUUUAAGCAUCUUACACCAAGAUGAGACUACCAACAUUCAAAGGCCUGAGCAUAUCCCAACGUCAAGAAUCCUUGGAUUCAAACCAAGAGAAACAAACCAAUCUAGCAAUCCAUUUGAGAAUGGAAUUGAGACAAAUUGUAUGCUGGUCAAAACACGAUUAUUGUCUCCUUUGAAUGUUAUGCUCCAGCAAGAUCAAUUCAAUGUCGAGUCUAUAAACAUUGGCGGUACCAUUCAAAAGAGUGGUUCGAAUAAGAUUCUAAAAGCUGAGACUAGUGUUUUAAAUAGUUUUGGUUCCUUGAAAAGGAAUUCUUCAGAUGACUCUAGUAUAUCAUCAAGGUCUCAAACUGAAAUGAAAGCCAUCCCAUGGAGAGAAAAGGUGUCCUCUUCUCUUCCAUCCUCUCCUCUGGGUCCAAAUUCCGGUAGGCAAAGGAAGAUCUCAGAUGGCCAUGCUGACAAUUUCUUAACUUUAAGAGAUGUAGAAGAGUCUCUCGUUGGAAUAGUCUCCAACAUUUCGCAUUGUCAGAAAGAAGAUGAUUCUAGAGAAGUGAGCAAAUCAUUAGAAGAUAUUUAUCAUUUUUACCCUGAAAGUACCAUAUCUAAGAAUUGGUGCAGUGAUACAACUUCCACUCCAUCAUGUGCCAACUUUGUCAGAAGUUUAUCAGUUAGAAGAUCCUUGAUUGGCUCGUUUGAGGAGUCGUUAUUAUCUGGUCGUUUAGCCUCUGGUGUAGCUAAUCAGAAAAUUGAUGGUUUCCUUGCACUACUCAACAUUACCGGAGGAAAUUUUUCGCCUCACUCUCAAAAGCUUCCAUUUGCUGUGAACACUGUGGACAAUGAUAACUGCUUACUGUACUAUUCAUCAAUAGAUCUUGCGAAGAAUUUGCAUUUGGAGAAACGUAGAGGUCCAAAGAUGAAAUGGAGUCUCAGCUUUGAUGAACCCCAAGUUAAAAAGGCCCAUUUGAAAAUACCUGUGAAAGGGUGCAUCCAACUGGUUCUCAGCAAUCCCGAGAAGACACCAAUACAUACUUUCUUUUGUAAAUAUGACUUAAGCGACAUGCCUGCUGGCACUAAGACAUUUCUACGCCAAAAGACGACUCUAGCCUCCACAUCGAAUAAUGGUAUUAAUGCUGUCAUUGGCUCGGGGGUUCUUCGUUAUGCUCUUCACCUCUGGUUCUUAUGCCUUAAAUCAAAGAAAUGUUCAAGGUCAACUCUUAAAUCCAAAUCAGAUUCUGAAUCGUAUAAGGGUAAUGUGAGAAAUGAAGCCGAGCGACGAUUCUACUUGUACAAUGAUAUUAGGGUGGCAUUUCCUCAACGCCAUUCAGAUGUUGAUGGAGGGAAGAUGAAAGUGGAAUAUCAUUUACCAUCUGAUCCAAAGUACUUCGACAUCAGUAACUGAUCAAAGGUUGUGUUACUCUCUCUUUUACCUCGGGUCUAUUGUUUGUACAUAAUAUCUACAUUGAACUUUUUUCUUAGUCUUGCUCAUCGUUUGCUUUCUAACAAGUGGAGUAUAAGUAACAACCCACUUUCUUCCCUGUAUAGAUUUCAAUCUUAAUAAGAAAAGAAAACCCGUUUCUCA